AUGCGAUUCUCGGUUUUCCUGUUGACUGGAGCCUUGGGCUCUUUGGGCGCUGUUACAUCCACGGUGAUCAAUAUUCAUGCGCCACCCCUUCCAUUGGAAUUGACACAACCGGCGAUAGGACAGUUGGAAAGGGACAAUGUAACAACGCCUAAUCCAGUUGCCCGAUAUCUGUUCUCGCGUCAGCUGGAGGGGCGUUGCGGACCUGAUGGAGGCAACCAAAGAUGCACGAACAAUCAAUGCUGCUCGACAUAUGGGUAUUGUGGAACUGGGUUCGAUUACUGCAGCGCUUUGGUGGGCUGCCAGCCGCAGUACGGAAGAUGUGGCGACGCACCAAUCGAAACACCCACACCCACACCGACUCCAACGCCGACGCCAACCCCUACACCUUCUCCAUCCACAUCUUCUACCUCCUCGCAACUAUCGUCCUCCUCGACCAUCUUGUCCAGCUCUACGGUCUCUCCACCGCUCCCAUCAGGCACCCUAAUUGUCUCCACGAACGGCCUUUGUGGAAACUCCACAACCUGUGCCGGUUCUUCUUUUGGCAAUUGCUGUUCAGAGUGGUAUUGGUGCGGUAGUAGCGUGGAUUACUGCGGUACAGGGUGCCGCUCCGGCUUCGGAACUUGCGGUAACGCGCCGCCAAUCUCAUCUUCAUCUUCCUCCUCACCAGUCCCAACACCAUCUCCGUCAACAUCAUCAACGCCCAUUUCAACGCCAACGCCUACACCAACGCCAACGCCAACGCCAACUCCAAGCCCCAGUACAAGCUCCACAUCCAGCUCCGUGCGCCCGACCCCCACGAUACCAGUGAGCACGGACGGCCAGUGCGGAAAUGGUGUAGGGUGUGUGGGGUCAACAUACGGACGUUGCUGUUCGAGUUAUGGAUGGUGUGGGAACCAAGACGAUUACUGUAGACCGGCUUACGGCUGCCAACCACAAUGGGGAGAAUGCGGACCGGCUGCAGAAGUCAUGUUUGCAAACAUGUAA